AAUUCCAAGCCAAAGAUAAGUAUCAAACAGUUAAAUCUAAGUCUUAUAUAGAUAAUGUAUUUGACUAUUUGGUAGAUGGGCAACCAUUUACAAUGAAGAAGAGUCUCACUUUACUCAUCCUCCUCCUCUGUUCUCUCCUCUGCUCCACCGUCUUGAGCAACCUACUCGCCGAACCGGUCCAACCCAACACUGUACCGGCAUUCCCCGUCGAAACCCAAGCUCAAAGCUGCCGACUUGACCUCUCCAACGAGCUCUUUGGUGGUGUCAACGAAGCUUGCGGAAGAAACCUUGACCGGAGUCGAUGUUGCCCUGUUUUAGCCGCUUGGCUCUUCGCAGCUCACGCUCGCUCUGCUCUCCAGCUACCAGCUCCUGCUCCAACGCCGGAAUCUUCUGACCCCGACGAACCCAUGAAGCCUGACGACUCACAGAAGUGCGUCAACACAUUGCAAAGUGCGCUUUUGAUCAAACAAAUCAAAAUCCCUCAGCCUAAUUCAAGCUGCGAUGCAAUCUUGUGCUUCUGUGGCAUUCGUCUCCACCAGAUUAGCUCACUCUCUUGUCCUGCCGCUUUCAAUGUCUCCUCCGGCUUAAAAAACGCAACUCCCACCGCCGCCGUGAAGAAUCUUGAAAAAGAAUGUCGGAAUUCUUCUUACUCCGGUUGUACCAGAUGCCUCGGUGCUCUUCAAAAGCUAAAUGUUAGAGGAGGAAACAAGAAGACAACAACAGAGAGAGGGAGUAAGAUGAUGAGCAAAGACUGCAAGCUCAUGGGACUCACAUGGCUACUGGCUCGUAACAAAACGGCAUACAUUCCCACCGUUUCAGCUGUGUUAAGAGCCAUUAUGUAUAGUCCACACCCACCUCACCUAAACAAGUGCAGUCCUGACCAAGAGAACAUGCCUUUAGCCGUUGACUCUCUACAAUUAUGCUUUGUGUUAUUCCCGAUUGAUCUAAAAGCAGAUAUAGUUGAUCGGAUACUAGAAUGGGAGGAGGAUUUAGAGUUUUGCAUUUGUCAGCUUCCUCUUUAUGGAAUCCAUUCCACGACCGGUGCUGAUCCAUUCUAUUGGAUGCGUGUCAUUCUUGCGUCCAACCGUGGAACUGUCAUGGAGCUUGGUAUUACUCCUAUUGUCACAUCUGGACUUGUGAUGCAACUCUUGGCUGGUUCCAUGAUUAUUGAGGGAAUCCUAAUAAACGGACAAUUUCCUGGACCGGAGAUUCGCUCACUCACCAAUGACAAUUUGGUCAUCAAUGUUCACAACGAUCUAGACGAGCCCUUUCUCUUAUCUUGGAAUGGAGUGCACAUGAGGAAAAAUUCGUACCAAGAUGGAGUGUAUGGGACGACUUGUCCAAUCCCACCAGGCAAGAAUUACACUUAUGACUUUCAAGUCAAAGAUCAGGUCGGUAGUUACUUCUACUUCCCUUCCCUCGCAGUCCAAAAACUGGCCGGUGGUUAUGGCAGCCUCCGUAUCUACAGCCUCCCUCGCAUCCCCGUCCCUUUCCCUGAACCCGCAGGAGAUUUCACCUUCCUCAUAGGCGAUUGGUAUCGACGUAACCAUACGACUUUAAAGAAAAUUUUGGACGGAGGACGCAAGUUACCGACGAUGCCUGAUGGGGUUAUGAUCAAUGGCCAAGGAUUAAGUCAUCAGCUUAAGCUCAUUGAGGUCGAGGGAACCCACACGGUCCAAUCCAUGUACACCUCACUCGACAUUCAUGUUGGUCAAACUUACUCUGUCUUGGUCACCAUGGACCAACCUCCCCAAAACUAUUCCAUAGUCGUUUCCACAAGAUUUAUCGGGGCAGACGUUGGGGUGGGAUCCACUCUCCACUACUCCAACUCCAAAGGCCAUAAGAUUGUCCCUUCUCGAGCACCCGAUCCAAAUGAGAUAGAAUGGUCUAUCAAACAAGCCCAGUCCAUUAGGACCAACCUAACUGCGUCCGGGCCAAGGACCAACCCUCAAGGCUCAAAGCAACGCUAUGCCAUAAACGGUGUAUCGUUCGUGCCUUCGGAUACUCCACUGAAGCUGGCGGAUCAUUUUAAGAUAAAAAAUGUUUUUACAGUCGGAAGCAUCCCUGACAAGCCGAGAAGAGGAGGAGGAAUGAGGCUAGACACGGCAGUGAUGGGAGCACACCACAAUGCUUUUCUUGAGAUCAUCUUUCAAAACCGCGAGAAGAUAGUCCAAAGUUACCACCUCGAUGGAUACAACUUUUGGGUUGUCGGGAUCAAAAAAGGAAUAUGGUCACGUGCGAGCAGACGAGAGUAUAAUCUCAAGGAUGCUAUUUCUCGCUCCACUACUCAAGUAUAUCCAGAAUCUUGGACAGCUAUAUAUGUGGCAUUGGACAAUGUGGGGAUGUGGAAUCUAAGGAGCCAGUUCUGGGCGAGACAAUACUUAGGUCAACAAUUCUACCUUCGAGUUUAUUCUCCAGUUCACUCUCCCAAAGAUGAAUACCCUUUGCCCAAAAAUGCUUUGUUGUGUGGUCGGGCCUCCAACAAAAACAUGUCGCUCAUCACUCCUUAGAUCCUGUUGGCAUGACUUGGUUCAUAUACCAAUCAUAUCAUAUUAAUUCUAUUAGAUAAACAUAAAAUAUGAGA